AUGGAACUGGAUACAAUAGGACUCUUCGUUGGCCUGCCCAGUUUGGCCCUUCUGGCCUCUCUAUACAGCCCCACCCCCAGUUCCCCGCCCCCGUCAGGUUUGCGGUGGCGUGAAGGAGGUGGACCCGUGUGCCCAGCUCCCCCAAGACGCUGUUUGGUCGCUUCUCGUGCUGCCUUUGAAUGGAAUGAUGAAGAUGUGAUCGUGAAUGUGUGGUUGACUCUGGAAGCAGUCAUCUGCUCUUGUGUGACCUCGAGUUGA